AAUGAAACGGGAAGGAAAUUGGCAGUGUGUUUGUGUUUCAUAAUAUUUGUGAUUUAGUCAUUUGAAGUUUGAGGCCGCUCAAACCCUCUGUGGAAGAGACACGUGGUUUGUGUUUUUUGUUAUUUAAUUAAUAAGUGGAAGAAUAGCAACUCUGUUUCUUGAGUUUGUCAAUGGCAGGUGGAAAUUUGGAUGUUUUGGAUAUUUACCCACUCAAUCAUUACUAUUUUGGUUCAAAAGAAUCGCUUCCAUUGAAGGAGGAGGAAACCUUGGAUCAUCGCAUUCAACGCUUCAAAUUCAACUAUAAUACUCAUGGAAUCAGGACUUGUGUACAAGCUGUGCUUUUGGUUGAUUUGUUCAAACAUCCACAUCUAUUAUUAUUGCAAGUACGGCAUUCCCUGUACAAACUUCCAGGUGGUCGUCUUAGGCCUGGUGAAUCAGAAAUUGAAUGUCUUAGACGUAAACUCUCAAGUAAAUUAUCCAUGAGCGAAGAAGAUGACAGAUGGGAGGUCGGUGAAUGCCUUGGGAUGUGGUGGAGACCUGACUUUGAAACAUUGAUUUACCCAGUUUUGCCACCUAAUAUAAAAAGGCCAAAGGAGUGCACAAAACUAUUUCUAGUGAGGUUGCCCGAAAGUUGCAAAUUCAUUGUACCGAAGAACCUCAAACUUAUUGCCGUUCCAUUGUGCCAAGUUCAUGAAAAUUUCAAGACAUAUGGGCCAAUAAUAGCCGGAGUUCCCCAACUGUUAUCGAAGUUCUCCUACAAUACACCUGAUACUGACUGAUCUGUGUCAUAAUACAAGUUACAUUAGGCUCAAUGCUAUUUCCAUCCAGCAUGCUGUAGAAUGCCAAGAUAGUAGUGAGUUUGACAUGUAUAUGUAGUAUGUGGAGUGUGAUUAAGCAAAGUCGAGACACACAUGUUUUUAUUUGUAAUGUUUCCAUCUGCAGUGUCUGUUUCUACCUGUAUAUUUGUAUAAUUGUAUUGGCUUGUUCUGAAAAAAAAAAAAUUUAACUUAUAAAUCA